AUGAAUGAGUGGGUGGGCCCCGACAUCAAUGUGGUGGGACCACUGCAAAUCCCACCCAGCGAUGAAUUCUCUAUGUCAGAAGGCUCCCACUUGUUUGAUAUUCUGGCAGAUCAAGUCAGUCCCCUCCUGCAGGAUCCGGACAUCUUACCCUUCACCAGCUAUCCUGGCAUGCAGUGCCCGUCCAUGGAGCCAAUUAUGUCCCCCACACCAUACUACUCCAGUCAGAACUACUACCCUCUGUACAAUGGAGAUGAAUGGUAUUCACACACAGGGAUAUAUGAACAGAGGAAGGGACCCUUGGAGUUCGGCUAUGAUGCUGAGAUGGAGGAGGUUUCUGCUUUGGUACCUGCUGUGUGCAAGAGGAGCCGGCACAUGCCGCAACCUGGAAGGGUCAAAGGGGAGGAACUGUGUGUUGUGUGUGGAGACAAGGCCUCUGGAUACCACUAUAACGCUCUCACUUGUGAGGGAUGUAAAGGCUUCUUCAGACGGAGCAUAACAAAGAACGCUGUGUAUAAAUGCAAGAAUGGUGGAAACUGUGAGAUGGACAUGUAUAUGCGCAGGAAGUGCCAGGAGUGCCGGCUCAGAAAGUGCAAAGAGAUGGGUAUGCUGGCUGAAUGUCUGCUGACAGAAAUCCAGUGUAAAUCUAAAAGGCUACGGAAGAACGCAAAGGCCUCCCCAGGACAGUCAACUGGAGACGACACAGAGGGUGCAGACAACACAGAAAGCAAACAUGUCACCUCGACCACCACAGUGUCAAAGGAAAGAGUUGAAAUCACUAAAGAACAGCAGGCACUCAUGAAAGUCAUUGUAGAUGCUUAUAACAAACAUCAAAUUCCUCAAGAUGUGACCAAAAAACUGCUGCAGGAACAGUACAGUGUAGAAGAAAACUUCCUCCUGUUGACAGAAAUGGCAACGAAUCAAGUUCAAGUUCUAGUGGAGUUUACAAAAACUAUUCCAGGCUUUCUGUCUCUGGAUCAUGAAGAUCAGAUUGCUCUGCUUAAGGGUUCGGCUGUGGAAGCCAUGUUUCUGCGCUCAGCUCAGGUUUUCAGUACAAAGAUGCCCAAUGGACACACGGAAGUUUUAGAGGAGAGGAUACGCAAGAGUGGUAUGUCAGAAGAAUUCAUGACACCCAUGUUUAACUUUUAUAAAAGCAUCGGCAGCCUCCACAUGGUGCAAGAGGAACAGGCUCUCCUGACAGCCAUAACCAUCCUGACACCAGACCGACCCUACGUGAAGGAUCAGCAGGCUGUUGAGAGGCUACAGGAGCCCAUGCUGGACGUGCUGAGGAAGCUAUGUGUCCUACAGCAUCCGAAGAAGCCGCAGUACUUUGCUCAACUCCUGGGUCGUCUGACGGAGCUCAGAACGCUCAACCAUUACCACGCUGAGAUGCUCACAUCCUGGAGAAUGAAUGACCAAAAAUUUACCCCGCUUCUCUGUGAGAUCUGGGAUGUGCAGUGACACAACAGGAGGAGGGAAGAAAGCUGCAGCCUGGGGAUAAUAGCAUGGACUUUUAACUCGCAAGACAAAGUCGUUGUGCAACUACAGUGCAUAUUUAUACUGGAUGAUGUGUGGAAUUAAAUCCCUGCACAACAGGUUUGUCUCUGUGUUGCCUGACCUUGAUGGCAUUAGUCACAAGCUGACUCAUGUUGUGUUUAUUCUGCCCAUGGAUUUUUUUUUUUUUUUACAGCUCAGACCAUCAUCAUGUCUAUUUACUGUAUGAUUUAACCAACUCAGACUUGUUGAACUGUUUAAAAUUACGGCUUGUUUUUCAGACACAAAACUAUGCAAAAGUCUGGAUUAGGCAAUGUUGUUUUUU